UAUCCAAUUUCACACAUCCCAACAAGCUCAAUCGUGAUCUUAUGCGUUCUCGGCCUCAAUUCCCUUUCUCUUCUUCAUUGGAUAUAUCUCUACCAACUUCCUUUUUCCAUUCCGCUUGAAUUAUAAGGAGAAUUAUAUAUUGAGUGCAGAAAUUUUGGCCUACACUCCACGACUAUUCUCUUCUUCUUCUUCCAAAUUUGAUUGCGUAAGAAACACGCCAAGGAGCUUCCAGUCCUUCCCCAUCGUGCAUUAUUAACGAAAUAGAGCAAAAACGAUACCAGCAUGGAGUCCGGUGCAAGUGUUAAGCAAAGAAUUGCCAGAAUUUCAGCCCACCUCAACCCUCCAGCCAUUUCCCAGGUGGAGGGAAGUUGUGGGUUGAGAACAGGGAAUUGCAGGGCAAAAGGGGGCUCACCUGGGUUUAAAGUUGCGAUCUUGGGAGCUGCAGGAGGCAUUGGGCAGCCUCUCGUUAUGCUCAUGAAGAUGAAUCCAUUGGUCUCAGUUCUUCAUCUCUAUGAUGUGGUCAACACUCCUGGAGUCACCGCAGAUAUCAGUCACAUGGACACCGGUGCAGUGGUGCGUGGUUUUCUAGGGAAAGAGCAAUUGGAGGAUGCCCUUAUUGGCAUGGACCUUGUGAUCAUUCCUGCUGGGGUUCCUAGGAAACCAGGAAUGACUAGAGAUGAUCUUUUUAAUAUCAAUGCUGGAAUUGUUAAGACUCUAUGUGAAGGAAUUUCAAAGUGCUGUCCGAAAGCCAUUGUCAACUUAAUUAGUAACCCUGUUAACUCCACAGUUCCCAUUGCUGCAGAGGUUUUCAAGAAGGCCGGCAUCUAUGACCCCAGGAAACUUUUGGGAGUGACAAUGCUUGAUGUUGUUAGAUCCAAUACAUUUGUGGCCGAGGUUUUGGGGCUUGAUCCUAGGGAAGUUGAUGUUCCAGUUGUAGGGGGUCAUGCUGGAGCUACAAUUUUACCUCUGCUGUCACAGGUUAAACCUCCUUGCUCUUUUACUGUAGAAGAAACUGAGCAUCUGACUUCUAGAAUUCAGAAUGGUGGAACUGAAGUUGUUGAGGCCAAAGCUGGUGCAGGAUCUGCUACUCUCUCAAUGGCAUAUGCUGCUGUUAAAUUUGCAGAUGCAUGUUUACGGGGGUUGAGAGGAGAUGCUGGUGUUGUCGAGUGUGCAUUUGUGUCAUCUCAGGUGACUGAGCUUCCUUUCUUUGCAACCAGAGUACGGCUUGGUUGUAAUGGGAUUGAGGAGAUAUACCCACUUGGUCCACUAAACGAGUAUGAGAGGGCCGGCUUGGAGAAAGCAAAGAAAGAAUUAGCUGGAAGCAUUGAGAAGGGGAUUUCAUUUGCAACGAAAUGAAACGGCCAACUAAAUUACAUUCUUCAGGAUCGUUAUUACCGUGGUGCCUCUUGUUGUUCAGUCAAGGCCUCGGUUUCUGGAAUAAGUUGUUGAAUCCGAUGUUGUAUCAGAAGUGCAUACAGCCUUGCAGUGUACACAAAUCAGAAAAAUAAGGCAAAGAUUUUGUCCUACCUCGCUCCCUCAUAUUUGUUCCCUCCUACCAUAGAACAUGAAAAUUAAAGGGGGGGAAGUGUGUUCUUUUAAGAUUGAUGGAUGGACUUUUGGUGUACUUCACCGGGGUAAUUGAGAAUGAGCAUGUUAGUAUAGAUCUAAACUUUCUUCAUCUUCAAUAUAUUCUUGGUAACUUCUGAUGGAUUUUCAUCAGU